CGGUCGUACGCGACAUACGAGGAUCGUGAGGAACUCGCGGGGAUUCGCGAGAGGCCGGAGAGAGGACCGCGAGGGAUCGUGAAGAGAGGAGCGGCUGGUUAAAGGACUGUCCGACGAAAACGCGAGACCGCUGAGGAAGCGAGCAGGACCACCUGGAUUUGUUGCCGGUUACCGCGCGAAGACGAGUCGAAGUCGAUCUCUCCUCUCGACCGAGAGCGCCGAGAGAUCGAUCCGCGCGCGCGAACACGGCAGCUGUCAAAAGUGCGGGACGAAGGGGAACGAGACAUGGUGUACGGAAGAGGAUUCGACAUGGUGGAGACGAUGCCGCAGACGGUGCCGACCGCGGCCGGCUAUUCGCCAUCGUUCGACUACAGCACCUUUCAGUUCGACCUGUCGCUCUUGCCGGACGAUUACAGCCCGACCGGCCAAAUCGGGCUGAAGAGCUCGCAGAUCAAGCAGGAGGUGCACUCGCCGCGACCAGGAUCGCCCACGACCUACCAGAGCCCGCCAUAUCAUCAGAACAACGGCGAGCUGCCGUUGUCGCCUAACUACUCGCGCGAGGGAUCCUCGCCCGGAUACCCGACGAGCCCUUACUACGUGCCCAGAAGCCCCCAGAGCGCUCAGUUUUACCCCACCAGCCCGGAACCGUCGGCCAAGCAGCCAGUCAAGAGGGAGAAGAGCCUCGACCUCCUGGCCAUCCUUCAAGAAUCCAGACUCUUAGCCGAGAGCCUGGGCUACCGCGAGGACUCGACCGAUUGCACGGUGCCUUGCACUCCGCCGCGGAGCGAAGAGGACAUCUACAACAGCCUGGACGCGGACUUCUUGCCGAAGAAAGAGGAGGCCGGCGUGCAGGGCCACCACCCGUUGCUCAAGGAGAUCCUCUUCAAGGAGGAGCCGCGAUCGGUCUCCAACGGCUCGUCCCCGUGCCUGUCCUCAUCGUCGUCGCCCAGCCCGAGCGAGUACGAGAGCAGCUCAGCGCUGCGCGACCUCCUCUUCAAGGGUGUCCGCAAGGAGCCGGCGGACGCGAUCACCAAGACGAGCCAGCUGAAGGUGGAACCAUCCUCGCAGGAAGAACUGGCGAAUCCCCUGCGCAAGGAGGAGGAGCUCUUCAAGGACGGGCAGAAGAGCGAUCAUCAGUUGCUGCGCGAGGUGCUGCGCGACACCAGCUUCCAGAGGAAGUACAACCUGAGACCGGUGGACCUCGGCGGCGUCGGCACCGGCUACGUCGAAGAUAUGGAGGCCGGCGAGUGCGUCGGCGACCUCGCCCGGGAGCAGCUCGAGCCGGUCCUCAGCCUGGCGAUCCAGCAGCUACAGAAGGACUUCGACAAUACCUGCGUGGCGCUCGGCAUUCAUCCAGAACCGAGACGCUGGAGCGCGGCGGAUGUUGCGGCCUGGGUGCAAUGGGCCAGGCGGCAAUUGCAGUUGCCCUCGGUGCCGCUGGAGAGCUUCAACGUGGACGGUGCGACGUUGGCCUCCCUCUCCGAGGAGGAGUUCUGCCAGAGAGCUCCUCAGUGCGGAAGCAUGUUGCACGCGCAACUGGAGAUCUGGAAGGCCGCGGUCGAGGAAUCGCCGCGCAACACAUUAGCCGCCUCCUGGAGCCCGGCCGGGGUGGUCCAGCCGCCGAACAGCGCCGUGACCCCGCCGACCGUCGGGAACACGCCGACCGCCAGCGUCAAGGGGUCCCCCUGCACCAUCGACUUCUCAGAUGACGAGGACGAGGAGUGCGCCUCCGGCCAAGGCGGUAACAGCAGCGGCGGCGGCGCAGGCGGCGCUGGCGGCAAGAUGCGCAACGGCGGCAGCUACAUCCACCUGUGGCAAUUCCUGAAGGAGCUGCUGCAGAGCCCGGGCGUACACGGCUCCUGCAUACGCUGGCUGGACCGCGGCAAGGGCGUCUUCAAGAUCGAGGACUCGGUGCGGGUGGCGCGACUCUGGGGCAAGCGGAAGAACCGACCCGCCAUGAACUACGACAAGCUCAGUCGCAGUAUCCGGCAAUACUACAAAAAGGGAAUCAUGAAGAAGACGGAGCGCAGCCAGAGACUGGUCUACCAGUUCUGUCAUCCUUACUGCUUGUAAGGAGCCUCCGUCUCUCUUCUCAUCUUUCCUCUCCUUCUUUCUUCUCUCUCUCUCCUGUUUCCUUAUCCCUCACUUUCUUUCCUCCUCUUCGCCCAAGUGCAAUAUUCGCGCGCACCCGCGAUUCGCGGCGAGUGACUUGAAGGAAGAGCCCAGCACGGAGAUCGAAAGGUAAAAAAAAAACGACGACGACGUGAUCCGCCAUGCUCGAUAUUAUCCCGCGACGAUAACGCCGAGCCACGGCUGGGUCCGCUUAGUACGCCCGUUUUGGGCGAUCAUUUUCACCCCCUCGUCUUUCCACCCCCCUUUCUCCCCCUCGACCCUUCCACUCGUACUCCUCCUUUUUCUCUCUCCUUUUCUCGCCCUCGUUGUCCCUCGCGUCAGCCCCGUGUCUCCUUCUCGGCGACGUGAGGUGAACGGCGUCGCGACGCCCUGCCCCCAGCCCUUUUAGCAAGUAGACGCGGUCAGCAGACUCGCGGGUCGUCGCUCUGAGGACGCGAGUAGGUGGAGAUUCGCCAGAGAAAAUGGAAGAAAUGAGUCUUUCCUCUCUAUUCUCACGAUUGCUUGCCGGCACCAGUCGUCGGGAUCCUCGAGCCGCGCGACGCGCAAUACGUCGACGGGGGUGUACCUUAGCGCGCGGAACCAUUCGCUGCUGCUUGGUACGCCGUUCCUGCUUCUUCCCCGACGGAAUGCGAAACGCGAUCGGUGGGACCGUCUAUUUUUUAUACGAAGCACUUUUGCACGUCGCGACAGCCGGAAAAGGCAGCCGUCCUCCCUCCGGCGCAAAAUCGUUCGGGAAAAAUCACGUAACGAAUAAGCGGCAAUUGUUGGUCGCGCGAGUUACGGAGAUACCUCGUCGGCGAGGAAAACUUGUCUGUUCGCGUCCAGAUCGGAGAUGAUUACAGACCAACGUUCUCCGACGAGCGAUUUCGUAACUUUCGAUGGGCGCGCGAAGCUCCUGCGACACGAAGAGACGAUGAAGAAGUUCGCGGAAAUAUUUUUGCCGGCGCGCGCGCGCAUGCGGAGGUGUUGAUUAAGUUGUCGAGUGUGCCUUACAGAACAGCCAUCGCGCGCGAAUGAAAGACGCGAUCGCGGCGCGUUCGAGGCUCUCCGGAUGGGACGCGCUGUUGAAUCCUCGCACGCGAACCCGAAGUCGGGACCGUCGUCGAUCGUAGAGAGAGGCCUCUCGCAGUUGGGAAGAUCGCUACAACGGCGAUCGCGUUUUGCUCGAGGCGUCACGAAUGCGCGACUGGUGCUGGUGAUUUUGGUCCCAUAUAUCUAUGAUAUAUUAAACGCUGUAUGUUCCAUGAACGAUUAGACUUUAAGGUUGAUCUUAGCUGCGUAAGUUGUAUCGAGGGGCUCACGUGAGCCCCGCGUUAGGUUUUACCACGAAGAGAGAGAUUCUCCCGCGCGCGGAAAGUCGAAGCCCGUGUAGAUCGGAGUGUCCGCCGGGCGAGAACUCGGUUGCGGGAGUGGAAAGAUCCCCGAGAGAAAAAUAUGAAGAAAUAUAUUUAUUUGGGCAUGCGGAAUGCACCUUGGAGACUUUAGCGCCUUGAACUCGUUGUCGAUUUCCGCGUUACCUAGCGAUUUCUCGCUUUGCUGAUGUGACAAUUCAUUGUGUUUACCUCCGUAGAUAAGAAUUCUGGCGGCAAAUACGAUGAAUUGUGCGAAAGAAUCGCUGGUUAAAACGCUGAAAUCAACGUAAGUCCACAAGGUACUUUCCCUGCUAAUAACAUAUCUACUUAUACCAAUAUAUAUAUAUUUAUACUGAGAAAAGCAAAUUUUUCGAACGAGAAAAUAUACAUUUUCUGAAAUCUGUAGCUUUAUAUGGAAGCAAUUGUUUAUUCUAAUAAAAGAAUUCAGAUUUAAGUAAAUAUGUUAUUAGCACUCACCGAAUAAACCCUUUUUUUCUCAGAUAUUUUUUCUCCCAACAGAGAAAUUUUCUAGUCGGUUAAUUAUCUCUCUGAGUCGAGUUUUAACGCACAAAAAGAAUAUUUGGAUAAACGUUUUCCCUCCUGACGAUAGAAAUAUCGAUUCUCGUCACCGAGUUCUCGCGCGGUCUUCAUUCUGUUACACGAACUGAGAUUCUUUUCCGCGUGAAAAAAGCGCUCGCGCGACCACGACCACCGACGCGCCGUCGGUCGCGUCGAGUUUUCCCGCCUUCUACUUCGUAUGAUUUUAAGCUUUGCUCCCUGCGCGUUACUGCAUAGUUACUUCUCACCGUUACAUUUGAUAAGUUUUCGUCGGAUUAACGAAACUCUGAAAUGUCGGCAUUUCUCGAUUGUCUUCUUCGUACCGCUUGCCGAUUCUUCUCUCUCCACCUUUUUUGCUCUUUCGCGAUAUUUCUCUCUUGUUCACGUUGAAUUCGCCGUUGCUUACCCCGCUGCUUUCGUGCAUUUUAACAAUUAACAAUUAACGUUAUCGCAUCCACGUAUUAUUGUAACGAGCAUACGAAUUAACUAACACCACACAAACAGUUCGAUGUAAUUUAACGCCAAGGACUCGUACUAACGUAUUCACGUUCGCUCACCGAUCGGUUGUAUAUAUAUAGAUAUACAAAUAUUUGUAACAUAAUCAUUAUAUAUAUAUAUAUAUAUAUAUAUAUAUACAUAUUAUAGAUGCAUAUAUAUGUAUUCGUUAUAUUUAUUUAACUGAGUCUAAGUUAGUUGACACGCGAGCGAUCUCGCCGUCCCGAAAACUCAGAAGCUAUCUAGCGCGACGUGCGAGAUUCUGUUCGCUCGCGCGAGAUCGCGGAUUCAACGUUGGACCGCGCGGUGAUUUUCGGCCGUGCGUCACUCAGUCAGCAACUUGACGAGCAUACACACACGAGGUGCGACUCGAGUCUCCGCGCACCUAUUAUCACGCAGAAAACUCAAAGCCAAAGAACGUGGCGGCACGAGCGAGCGAGCGAGCCGACGCCAGAUAGUUUCGUCGAGGAAAUAGAUUCGCUCGCGUAAUUAGAUCGUAAAGCGCGCGCUUCUACGGCUGCUGCAUUUCUACGACACGUACAUUAUUUUUUACGCGGCCUGACGCGGAACGCUCAUCAAAUUGGAAGUAGACCGAGGCGGACCUCGAGGUUUUUUUUCCUCUCUUUCUCUCUCUCUCUCUCUCUCUCUCUCUCUUUCCUUCUUCUUUUUUUUUCCGCUGAAAGUCGUAACGUAGAGAACGGAUUUGAAGUUUCGCAAAAGUGAUACCAAUCGAGACGGGUUCGCGAAGUAAACGCGCAAACGACGCUCGGAACGAUUCAUUUUCGGCCGCAGACUUCGCCGUGAUCGAAGUGAAAAGGCACGAAGUUUUGGACUCCUUAAAGCGGAACCUGUAACUUGGGAAAUUCUCGGUAAGCUCGGAGACUUUGAUAUUGUUUAAAAUUGCUGGAAAUAAGGAAACUCAAGCUAGACUGUUUUAUUAGCAAUUAAACGAAUUGACACAAAUUGCUAUUGUUACUUGAUACCUCGUAGUGUUCGUUGCAUAUUUAAUUUGAUUAAAUUAAAAACAUUCAUUCAAUUUUGAUUAAAUUUGAUCGACUUAAAUUUAUUCGUUUUCGAUUAUAUUUAUUUGAUUUUAUACAAUUUGUAAAUACAAUGCAAAAGUGUCUUUUCAUAUUACACAGUAAAGAAUUUUAUUGCAAAUAGCCCACUCAAAUUCUUAUGUUACUUUAACGAGAUGAUUAUGUUAAAAAGUAAUAUUUCACAAUGGGAAAAAUAUAUUAAUUUAACAUAUUCGUGUACUUUUUAACGCAUUUUAACGUAAUUUAACAUAUUCCCAAGAUUAAAGUAACAAUAAUUUAGCUGGACCGUUGUAAGAUAAUUUUUUAAUGUGUACGACGUUCGAUUCACGGUGGAAAAAAUUUUAAACGAGGGGGUCACCCACAGUCUGUUUCACGCCAGGCUCCGCCGCAUUCUGUAAAUUUAACGGUAGUUGGCUCUUCAAUUUCGCGAUAAAGUGUUGGUGCAGCCCAGGAGGACAGGGAGAGGUUGAUUGCAGCCAGCCGGUGGCUGUAAUCGCGCAGAAAAGAAAGAAGAAGACGAAGAGCGUUCGUCGACACGAACGAAACGUCGAGUGCGAAUUAAUUUCGUUAGGCAGGCGGAGGAAGCGGUAAUAAUAAUAAUGAUGAUGAUGAUGAUGAUGAUUGGAAGAAAAACCACGCGGAUAUCGAGUAGCGACAACAGCUCGCAAUUCCGGAAAAGCGGCCGAUGUUGCGACCGAUUGUUACGAAUUAUUGCGUCAUUAAUUGUUAAGAGAUCGCGAAAAAUUGUGAUUAACGAGACGAUUAAUUGUGAUGAAUGAGAUUGCACGCGUGCGUCGAACGGAAUUGGUUCGUAGGAGGAUUCGCCUCUUCCAGAGCGAGAGAAAAAUAAUUGUGCUUCCAUUUCCGCUCGACAAUGAUCCGCGGCGAUCACCGUCCGAGCGGCGACCGUGUCGACGCGAGCGUGCGCGCGCUAGAUUGUACAUAUUUUUACGAACGAACGACUGACCAGUGUGUGGUCACAUACAUACAUACAUACAUACAUAAAUAUUAUAUACAUAUAUUUAUAUAUAAGGCGUUGCUGGUUUUGUAUGAGCAGAUAUAUUUAAUUAGGACUAAGCGUUGAUUUCCUACACUUAACAACCGGUCUUGCGCCAC